AUGGUCGCGCCGCAGCCCGAUGGCAGCUCUGCUCCCUCACAAGCUCUCAGCUCGAGCGCCUCCUCCUCCUCCACUUCCGCCGCGUCCACCACUCCCUACCUCACCCUCAACAUCCCGCAAGCGCUCUCCCUGCCCGAGCCAGAAGCACCAGAAAAGAAGCGCUACGACUCUGUAUGGGACCUCUUUCUGCAUAGAGCGAACCACGAGCUGAAGGACCAAGUUGCGGCUGGGUUCGCUGAGCUGCAUGAGGAGACAGGAGAAGAUGGUGGGAAUUGGGGCUGUACUAGUCUGACAUACGGUCAGCUCCCUGGAAUCGCUUGCCGUAUAGCUUCGACCCUCCGGCCACAGCUCGAAGCUGCCUCUUCGAAGAUCUCGCCUGCCGAUCCAGCCCUUGCGCCCCUCAUACCAACACCGACCGUCGCCAUAAUCUGUCCAUCUGGACUCGACUUCUUCGUAUACACCCUGGCGAUAUGGUCCCUCGGCUUUGCGCUGUUGCCUAUUGCAGUGGGCACCACGAAGGAAGGGACAAAGAAUCUCAUCGAGAAGACCGGUGCUUGCGCCGUCCUCGUACAUGACAGUCAGAAAAGCAUCGCAGCUGAGGUGAAGCAGCUUUUCGAAGAGGGGAAGCAGCGAGCGCCGCAAAUCAUCGACCUUCAAGAUACCCACGACCUCGUAGCAGGCCCAACAUCAUCAGCGGAAGACCGUCCCGUACAAUCCCUCUUCACUCCCGGACCUGACUCGGUUCUGAUCAUCUUCCACUCCUCGGGCUCCACCGGACUUCCCAAGCCCAUCUAUCACAUCAAUCGCUUCUGGUCCUUCAGUACUGCCAUGGCCUACGGGACAGAUCUUGGCGCGUACACCACUACCCCGCUUUACCACGGCGGAAUGUCCGACUUUCUUCGGGCCUUACAGGCAGGCUCGUCUCUCUUUUUUCACCCGCUCGUCGGGUCCAGUAGCAAUACACUGAGCGUAGGAGCUAUCCUCGCCGGCCAUAAAGCUUGCGCUCACAAGACGCGUGCGCCGGUCAAGUACUUUCUCUCAGUGCCGUUCAUCUUAGAGAUGCUUUCCAAGGACUCUGCAGGCCUCGAGUAUCUCGCCAGCAUGGAGUUUGUCUCGACCGGGGGAGCUCCCCUACCGGCAAGUGUGGGAGAUCAUCUGGUUCACAACGGGAUACCCCUUGUCUCUCGGCUUGGCUCGUCCGAAUGCGGAUUUCUUAUGAGCUCGUACCGCGACUUCGAGAACGACAAGGAGUGGAGCUGGUUGCGGGUGGAGGACGCUGUGACCCGCUCUUUGCUAGACUUCAAAGAGGAUAAGGACAACCAGGGUCUAUUUGAGCUAGUUGUCACAGGCAAAUGGCCCACCAAACUCCUUUCCAACGCAGCCGAUCAGGCCUUCUCCACCGAGGACUUGUAUUCGAGACACGAAGAACACGACAACUGGUACAAGUACGCCACAAGAGUCGAUGAUACGCUCGUGUUGCUCAAUGGAAAGAAAUUCGCAGCUGGCCUCAUCGAGAGCAGGCUGAAGCAGAGCGAGCUGGUACAAGACUCGGUGGUGUUCGGUUCGAACAGAGCGUUAGUGGGUGCGGUGGUAAUCCCAGCAAAAGGCACAAAUCGCUCUGGUGAUCUGUCCCCCGGCGAGAAGUACGAUUACCUGCAAGCGCUCCGACCCCACAUGGACGGAAUCAACAAGUCCCUCCCAAGUCACGCCCGUCUGACAACGGGACUAAUCCAUGUAGCAGAUGAGAGUCUCGCCGCGUCUAUACCGCGUAGCUCGAAGGGGACUCUGCAACGAGGCCAUGCCUACCGCCAACUUUCCCCGCUUUUCGACGAGACCUAUGCGCGCUUCGAAGAGGGUGAGAUCGAGGGCUUUCCGAGCAGAGAGAGUUUGCAGGGUGAUGAGCUGCGUGACUUUCUCGCUAAGAUGGUCGGGGAGAUCUUGGGAUGCGAAGGCGGCGAGAUCAAGCCAGAUCUGGACUUCUACAAGGCGGGCAUGGACUCUAUAUCCUCGGUCCGCAUCAAGGCUGCAGUGCAUCAGCAUCUUGACCUUGGUCUCGACGGCAAUGAGCAUAGGAGGCGACUCGACACUAGGAAUAUCUAUGAACACCCUACUGUCAAUGAGCUCGCUGAAUUUCUAGAGGGCUUCAGCUUUGGAGGACGUACAGCCCAUCGGUCUGUGACCGAAGAGAUGCGAGACAUGGUUGACAAGUACGCGAAGGCGCUACCAGCCUUCAAGCCACGACCGAAGACCAACGGCCCCCGCGUUGCUGUCCUGUCUGGCGCAACCGGAGCUCUUGGGUCUCAUUUGCUCCUGACGCUUCUCUCAUCAGGGGAGGUCGACAAGGUUCUCUGCUUGGUCAGAGCCUCGUCGGAUUCUGCGGCUCUGCAACGAGUGAAAGAGUCAGUCUCCACUCGCCGGCUGAAUGAAGAGAUGGACAAGAAGUGGGACCAGGUAGCCUGCUUUGCAGCUGAUCUCAGCGAUACCGCAGAGCUUGGUAUUCCCAAGAAUCAAGGGUCCAGCUGUGACAAAAUACGGACGAGCUUCUGGUCGAAUGUUGCCUCAGCCAGUGCGCUCAGAGUCGUACACGCGGCCUGGUCAGUCAAUUUUGCAUUAUCUCUCAAGUCUUUCGAGGCGGACAACAUUGUCGGUCUAGCCAAUCUGCUCAGCUUUUCGCUUGAGACCGGCGUCGAGUCUUUCGUCUUUUGUUCCUCCAUCGCAUCGGUAUUGGCACAGAAGUCCAAACAGAUACACGAAAAGCCCUCGAGCGAUCCGACUGAUGCAGGUGUCGUUGGCUAUUCGCAGUCCAAGUGGGUCGCGGAAGGUAUCUGCUCGCGGCUUUCAGCAAGCUCGGGUUCCGAGAGAGGCAUGUCCAUCUCGAUCGCUCGGAUAGGACAGCUCGCCUCAGAUUCCGUGCACGGCGUAUGGAACGAGAGCGAAGCAUGGCCUUUGAUGGUGCGCACGGCCAAGGAGAUCGGCAAGCUACCUGAGAUCGAGCAGGCGGUAGACUGGCUGCCGGUCGACUUAGCCGCUCGGACCCUCACUGAGAUUGCGCUGCACCCUGCUGGCUCACAAGAACCUGCGAUAUAUCAUGUCCUUCUGCCUGUCGACGCAAUGCGCAGCGAAGACGUCCCGACCUGGGCAGACUUUCUGGAUUGGUUGCAGCGUGGCGAUGACCAAUACAAGGGGCUGACCUUUGAUGAAGUGCCGCUGAGGGACUGGCUGGUGGAAAUCGAGCGGAAAGGGAGCUCUGUCGUCCGUGGUAGGACGCUCCUUGAGGGAAUCUGGAGCAAGCUGACACCGCGAGGCGGUGCGAGCGGCCUGGAGCCCACGAUCGAGACUAUCAAAACGCGACGAUUUUCGAAGACGCUGAGUCACGAUUGUAAGGCGCUCGAUCGCCACAUUGUACAGAAGACCGUAGACGUAUGGGGACAAGAUGGUUUUCUCUAG